AUGUAUAAAAAAAGGAUCAAAAGCCAGCGAUCACGUGAUCGUGUGAUCGACAGAUCGAAACGGGUCAAGCACAACAGUGGGUCGUGUGUGAUAGUGCGUCCCUGUCGUGAGUGCGCGCACGUGGUAUCGUCUCGUGUGCGGGGUACUGUCGGCGCGGGGGUCGCGGGGGUCGGCGGGGGCUGGCGGGGGUCGGCGGGGGUUGUCGGUGGACGAGGACGCGGUGCCACAUCCCGUCGCGGCCCGCGCCGCGGAAAAAUCGCGCGGCGAUUACAAGUGGCUCGUAACGAAGUCGGCCCCGCGGCUAGAGAGGAGCGGGGCCGAGGGGGUGAGCGGAGUGCGGGGGAGGGGGGCGGCGGGCGACGCGGGGUGAAUAGGGACGGGGGUCCAGGGUGGUGGCGCGGGGGGGGGGACGAUCCCGGUGGCGCGGCGGGCAGCGGACAGUCUCAGUCGUCCGUCUGGAGUCGCGGCGGCCGGCCGGGCCGCGCGACGCAAUACACGUUCCUCGUGCUCUUGUGA